AUGGUGCCGACACAAACGAGUUUCGACGCCAAGCCUGGACAGAUAGUCGAAGUGGCACAGGCAAAGAAUGUCGAGGACUGGCAAUCAUUGCUCGCGCAUCAUCCACGGGUAUUCCUACACGUCAUCUUCUCACUCGAAAUGGCCAUCCAGAGAGGCCACUUUCCCAAGGUGACCGAUCUUCCUUUAGCCAUUUGUCAGCAAAGAAGCGUAUCCAUCUCCAGUCCUCCUCCUUCGCGGCUAUCAUCCCCUCCAGUGAAUUUGGGCUUGACUAUUCCCCGUUCUCACGGUAUUCCAGAAGUCUUCACAACUGACGAAAGCACUGGAGCCCUCACGCCACCUGAUCGGUCAUAUGUGUCAGAUACGAACCAGACACCGGUAUUGCCUGAUUUACUAAUGAACGUGGAUCUUGACUUUGUCGAUCUUGAGGGCUUUGACGCAAUGGACUUUGAUAAAACAUUAGAUCCGGCCUCCCAGCUUGGCUGGCCCUCGGGAAUGAAUUCGGGAUUGGAGGAGCCGUUUUUCUUGGCCUGA